UGUUGUAGACAUUCUAGAUCCACUUGCCAGUUGGUAUGGCAACAGCACACCAAGCCCAAGAUGAUCCCUAUCAUUUGCUACACAGAUUGGUCUUUAAAGUACUUAAACGAAAGGAAGGUGAUAUUACAGCUCAAUUUCAACAUGUUCUGAGUGUAAUGAGCAGUCAUUUUUCACCAACAAUCGAGCCAGAUGAAUUCCAAGUCGUUGAAAAAAUUAAAAAGAAGUUGGCAAGACAAGGACGAGCCGGUGAUGCUGUGAGAUUCAUGGAGUUGCAUAGAAAACUACAAACACAGGCUGUGUUGACAAAUCGCUGGGCUGUUCUUUAUCUACUGCUUGAACUCAAUCAAGACCCACGUCAGAAAAAGCCAAAGACAACUGAUGGAACAGGAUUAUUUGGGCAUGGGCUUGCAAGUUAUGCAACAUCAACACCUUAUGUGCCAAGGAAUCUUCAUACCACCGGGCACACCUUGGAGUCAGAUAGCACACUGUCAACACAUCAUAGUGGGGCAAGCAGUGGAAUAGGUACUGGUAUAAGUAGCAUCUCAGCUGACUCUAGAUCCCGUUCUAUUCCAAGCUUUCUUCCUACACCUGGCCACACCCUUGGGCAAGGAGAGGUGCAGUCUGUGGGGACCAGAUUAGCCAAGCUGAUGGUGGACAGUACCCAUCCUAACUCCGUCACAAGCUUAGCAGUGCCCUCGCAAGGCCAAGUGUCACGCAGAUCUGUUUACAAGACAUACACAGAAGAUGAAAAUACUUCACACGAAGUACCUGAAGGCGCUAUUUUGCGUGAAUUAGUUUAUGUAUUUCAAGGUAUUGAUGGCCAGAUGAUCAAAUAUAACCAAGCCGAGGAUGCCUACCGUAUUGAUCGGCAGAUUGGUGUACCACGCGCUGUUCGAGAUCAGGUACAUAAGCAAGCUGAGCUAGGCUGGCUUCAUAACAAAGUAAGGAAAUAUGCAGAUAACCGAAGCAAAGAUAAAACAUUUGGACUUGUUGGUCAGAGUUUUAUUGCUGCUUUACAACAAGAACUAACCGAAUACUACAGACUACUGUCAGUGCUUCAAGCACAGCUUAAGCAAGAGGAUGACCUGGGCAUGAGCGAUGACCCUAAAAGCUCUCUGACACUUCUUAGACUUGCUGUGUGGACACUUGACCCCAAGCACCGAAUGAAGUGGCUAGCCCUGCUUGUAGACUACUGCAAAGACAAAAAAGGAGGGGCACUAUCCUCAGCCAUUCACUCAUACACAAUGCAUGGUGACCCAGAUGUACGCAGCCUGAUGCGCCAUAUACUGAAGCUUACUGCAUUUCCAAUACGCAACUUCAUUGACAAAUGGAUUUAUGAUGGACAGUUGGAAGAUCGAUGUCAUGAGUUCUUUGUUGCAGCUGAUCCUACUGUUAAGGAUGACAGACUUUGGCAUGAACGGUAUUCACUCCGUAAGACCAUGAUUCCAUCUUUCCUGAAUGCCGACCAAGCAUCCAAGAUUUUAUUGAUUGGAAAAUCUAUUAACUUCAUUCGGCAAGUUUGUCAGGAUCAUUCGCCAAUUAAUGGCCCAACUAAACAGCCCACCGACGUUUUGGAAAAGGGUCAGAGCUCUGAGAUGCUGUUUAACCAGGACCUUGAUGGCAGUUUUCAGGAGAUCAUUAACGUAGUGUAUAAGCAAACAAGUAAACGACUCCUGGACAUUUUAUUCACCAAGUACAAGUUCUUUGAACACCUGAAGGCAAUGAGACGAUACUUGUUGUUGGGACAGGGUGAUUUUAUUAAACAUCUCAUGGACUUGCUUGAAGAUGAUUUGGCGAAACCCGCCAAUGUCUUGUACCUGCACAAUGUGACUGGUGUCCUGGAGACUGCCAUCAGAGGAACCAAUGCCCAGUACGAUGAUCCUGACAUCCUCAAGAGGGUUGAUGUUCGGCUGCUGGAGGUUUCACCGGGUGAUACAGGCUGGGAUGUGUUCAGUCUUGACUAUCAUGUGGACGGACCAAUCGCAACUGUCUUCACAGCUGAAUGCAUCAUCAUGUAUCUACGGGCAUUCAACUUCCUUUGGCGUGCAAAGCGUAUGGAGUACAUAUUAGCUCAGGUGUGGCGUGGACAGAUGACAUAUGCUAGGAUGCUUAAAUCAAUUCCAGAGAUGGCCCCAGUGUUGCAUCAGUGUCAUGUUUUAGCUGCUGAGAUGAUCUAUUUUGUACAGCAGAUGCAGUACUACAUUAACUUUGAGGUAUUGGAGUGUGCAUGGGGCGAGCUGUGGAAGCAAGUAACAGGAGCCGAGGACCUUGACCAUGUCAUUUCUGCUCAUGAAGUCUUCCUUGACACCAUCAUAAAGAGGUCUUUACUUGACCCAGAAUCUACACGAUUGCUGACUCAGUUACGGGCGAUCUUUGACCUGAUAAUUCAGUACCAGACAGCUCAAGAAGCCAUGUACAAGACCGCACUGGAAGAGCUUGAGGCACGAGAAGAGGUUAGAAAGGUCAUUGACACCCGAACACAGGAGGGAAACUGGGGCCUUACAGCACAAGAGGAAGAAUCUGAGAAGAAACGGAAGGCAGACUUCAUUCGUCAAGUGGUUCCUAGCUGCAGGGCUCAGUUCAGGGUCCUCACCCAGUCUUACCAGGACAUGGUGCAAAAAUUCUUGGUAAUGUUGACUGAACACAGUGAUGAAAGCCUGAGGCUUCUUGCAGUUCGACUUGACUUCAAUGAAAUAUACAAAGCAAAGGAACCGAAAUUACGAAGUCCCAUGAUAUUCAAUAAACAGAGAAAGAGGGUUUACUAAGCAAGACUUCAACAAAUCUCUUGUGUAAUUUACCAAAGAGACAAUAGCUUAAUUUAAUUGCUUUUUCAUUUAGAAAAUAUAAUUUAUAUUCAAAGAUUGUAUUUCCUGAAAAUUGACCUUUCAUUUCCAGAGUGUCAAAAUUAAUAUUGACCAAUCAGAACAGGGCCAGGAAUAUGUGCGUAUCAUACAUGCGUUGUCCCACAAAUGCAUUCGUUUGCGUAUGUUUGAACACUUGUUUUUUGUGGGAUCAUAGCAACAAUAUGCAAGGGACCGGGCUUACUAGAAAGGUCCAUUCCAGUGCAUUGGAUGAUUCUAUUACUUUAAAGGGGUGGUGCUCAACGGAUAAGUUAAAGCUCACCAAGGGCGGCUCUUCCCCUUCAAUAAAUAUGGCAUCAGCAAAAGGUACCACCAUCGUUCGUCUAUGGCUUUACACCAAUGUGCAAGAACACAACAUUGUUUAACUACUUUUUGAUGACAUUUAAAUGCUUAGAGUAUAGUCCAUUAUUAUAUGGGCUUUCAUUGUAUACUGUGACAAAUUAAUACCAGUCUCUUGUACAUUGCUGGAGGUGUUUUUUUUUUUAAAUAAACCUAACAAAGGUGAA